AUGUUUCAAUUGAAGUACCAGUUGCCCAGUAUCGCCGAAGGGCGCGGACAGAGUACCUCCGCAAAGAUUUCACCGGAUGGAGGCCUCGUUGCAAUGGUGCAGGGUACAGUGAUUUUGGUGUACAAGAUUGAUGACACGGGGUUCGCGGAAUUUCGUAUGGUGGUUACAUCACAUUCGAGGUCGAUAUCUGAUGUAUGCUGGUCCCCUGACGGCAAGUGUGUGGCUACUGCGUCGGACGACUUUACUGUAGAGAUAACACAUCUGUCCUACGGAUUGAUUCACAGGCUGGUUGGUCAUACGGCGCCUGUGGUUUCUUUGUGCUUCAACGCCAAGGGCAAUUUGCUCUUUUCUUCCUCGAUGGACGAAAGUAUCAAGAUUUGGGACGUGCUCAAUGGGUCGCAACUGAGAACAAUUGCAGCACACUCGGAAUCGGUGGUCUCCAUCGAUGUGCCGCAAUGUGAUGGCUCCGUCCUGAGCUCGGGCUCAUACGAUGGGCUGAUACGUAUCUUCGAUACUUCCUCGGGACACUGUUUGAAGACGCUGACGUAUGACAAAGACUGGAAAAGCGAAACUGGGGUUGUUCCUAUAUCCCAGGUUAAAUUCUCUGCCAACAGUAAAUAUUUGCUGGUUAAAUCGCUUGACGGUGUUGUAAAGCUGUGGGACUGUAUUAGAGGUUACGUUGUACGUACUUUUAAAAGGGAAUCAGAUGACUCGCAACAGCUCGUACACUCCUGUGGUAUGGAUUUUCUUUAUCCCCAAGAUGACUCACCUCCUUUGGUCGUAAGUGGCUACGAGACUGGUGAUAUUUACUGCUGGGAUUCAGCAACCAAGAAACUACUUUAUGUGCUACGAGAUAAUGAGCGCCACCGCGACCAUCCCAUUAUGAGCAUCGAUUGCAAGGGCAAUCUCAUGUGUUCACUAUCCCUCAAUGGUGAGUGUUACCUAUGGGACUGGGUUAAAUAA